CUGCUUGGUAAGCGCAACACGGGCGUUCAAUGAGAGCAACGUGCGGGUGUGUGCGGGGGUGAGGAGGAAGUGUUAGGUGUGGUCCAGACUGAUACCUGGGAGGGGGAGUGGCUGCGAGGAAGUACAAGCGAUUGACGUGUCAGUGGAUCCCGCUGCACUUGGUCCAAGUGUGUGGCUCGGGUUAGGAGCUGGUCUCGGGGGUGGUGAGGGAUGGCACUGUCCCAGCUACAGUGCCUGGACGAGGGCAACAUUAACUUUCGGACCAAUGAGUCGAAGCCCGAGUUCUUCUACAGCGAGGGUCAGAGACUGGCCGUGGAGGCGCUGGUGGCCGAGGGACUUCACGCCUUCAACGAGACGGUGACCAAGGAGAACCUGAGGGAGUUCUUAUCGGAGUUGGACGUCCAGCAGAUCUUGCGGUCGGUCAGGGAUUUCCUGACCGAGGAGGUGCCCGGCGGCUGGAGGGCUGAGGAUGGUGAGGAGCCGGGACCGGAGCCGGGGCACAUUCCCCUCUCGCUCCACUACUGGCCCGACCCCUCGGACGUGUCCCGGCCCAGCCUGGACCUGGGCUGGCCGGACUGCGCAGCCUACCGCGGGGUGACCCGCGCCAACGUGUACACCCAGCCACCCCUGGAGGGCUCCGUCCACAUCAAGGAGAUGUUCCGCCGGAUGAUCGGCCAGGCGCAGAAGGUAAUUGCUGUUGUAAUGGACAUAUUUACAGACAUCGAUAUAUUCAAAGACUUGCUGGAUGCGAGCUUCAAGAGGAAGGUUCCUGUCUACAUCAUUCACGAUGAGGCUAACAUCAAAUAUUUCAUGAAGAUGUGUCAGAAUGCAGGAAUGCAUGUGGGAAUGCUGAAAAAUCUGAGAGUCUUCACUGUCGAUGGGAAUGAAUUCACCACACGCUCAGCUAAAACAAUUGUGGGAAGACAGAUGCAGAAGUUUCUGCUGGUCGAUGGGGACAGGGCAGCAUCUGGAUCAUACAGUUUUACCUGGACUGCAUCGAGACUUGAUCGCAACAUCAUCACAGUUCUUUCUGGCCAGGCCGUAGAAACAUUUGAUAAACAAUUCAGAGAACUAUUGCACUUUUCUAAACCAGUCAACCUGCGCCAACUGAACCUGGCACCGGAGGAGGAACCCCCCGAACCAGUUCAGCAAGCGGUCACCCUCACAGCAGAGCAGACUGCCGCUAUAGCCAAGAAGCUCAUAAACCCUAAAUACGCACUGGUACGGGCCAAUAUCGCAGGUUCUCUGUCCUCAGAGAAGAAAGUCAACUCAAAUGGGACGGGCAAGAAGCAGUCAGAUGUUCCAGCCAAAGGACAGAAAACAGCAGAAGCCAUUGACGAAGAGCAGAGAGUUCACCCAGCUCUGGCAAACAUGCCCAAAGUAAACAUGUUUCUUUAUCUGCCGACUUAUGUGGAAAUCCCAGAAGAGAAACAUCAGCAGCAGAAUGUGAAUGAAGUAAAACACGAGCCUCAUCAAUGCAAUUCUUCAAAAAUGCACAAAGCCAAAGGAGAUCCCUCUAAGCAAAAGAAGGCGGCUUGUAAAAACCCCAGCCUGACCCAAGCAGAAACUUCAACAGUGCAACAAGAUCCAGUUCAAAAUCACCCACUGGCAGAAGGAGACACCCGGGAUGCAGAAAAUGGAUUGGAAUUGUGCUUAACGUCGGCAAAUGGAAUCGAAGCUCCGAAGGUUAGGGAGAAGCGUGAAGCAGAUGUGGGCCAAGAGGAUGUACAACCGAUAGAAGCUCCCAGCGGAAAUGCAACCCAUCACAAAGAAGAAGAGGAGAAUCAAACAAUAGACAUUGAAGAUGAGCAGGUGGAUUCAGAUGCAUCAGCAGAUAGACCAGAUGGCGAGAAGCAAGUAGAUGGAAUCUUGGACAGCCCAGACAGAGAGGAAAGCGAUGAAGAAGUGCUACCUACGUGUAAUGCAGAUGAGGGCGAGGAUGUUACUGAAAGCAAUGAAGCUGACCCUGAUCAGAACACUCUCCCAGUGGAGGAUGACUUAAUAUGUCUAGAAGAUGACUGUCCAUCAACCCCUUCAACAAAUUACACUCCUGACUGGACUACAGACAGCAGCUCCCUCCCCGAGCAAUCCAUUGCUUCAUCUGGUUCUGAUGACUUCUAUGACUGCGCCAAUGCCUCGGUUAAAAAAUUGAUGCCCGACCCUAUGAUAAAGCAGGCCAAUAAUGAGGUGACAGUCAGAAAAGAGAACAACUUUAUCAGGCAGGGCAACGUUGGGAGGCCCUUGAAUAAUUUUAGGGAACUAUCCCACUUAAAGGACAGUAAAGAACCUAAAACAGUAGAAGCUUUCUUCAAUGACCAAGCAACCCUGAGGAAGAGGGCGCUUGAUAAACUAAAGCUCACACUGGAGAUACGUUAUCAUGAUAAAUUCCAGAGGAAGAGAUACCAAAUGCACUCAAAGCCGUCAGCCACUGUGUUGAGGUCAACUGCAAACAAUCAGAGUUUACAGUCUCUACACAGCAUUUCAAGGACCCCCGAUCUGAGCAAAAGCAGGAGGCAGGUGGUCAAACCCGUGGGUUCACAUUUGUUGAAUAAAAAUUACCAAAAGAUCCUGGCGCACUCUUCGAUACCAAAACACUACGUACAAAAGAGAUACGGCAGCAAAGACACAACAGCAAGGUUGGACAUGGCUGAGUCCAACUCGUACAAGAACUCCGUCCCUCAGCAAGGGACUUCUUCCAUUCCGGGUACGUCUGUCAGUGGCACCACCACUCCUCUGGGGCUCUCCAUCUCCAAAUUAGCAACAUGCAAGAACUUGAAGAUGAGGUUGCCAGCUACCAGGGUUCUGCUCAACCCAGAAUCCUCCCAGAAGGCACUGACCAAAUGACCUCCUUUAGCUGGACGCUUGUGGGAUCUGGUACGCCCGCUUAUUUAAAAUAAAGCUGCUUCCAGUAUCGUAUAUAAAAGCCAAAUGAAUGUGAGGUGAAGCAUGUUUACAUUUACCUGAUCUGUGCACCAAUACCAUGUCGCUAGUAUGGUCAAGCCAAAAGUCAUGCCGGUCCAUGGAAGAUCUCCUGUAACGGGAUGCCUGAAGAGGUGCAUGGCAUCAGCUCUGGGGAGAUGGCAUGUUGUAUUGGCAAUAAUCUUUCUUGGAACUGCCUUUAGGUAUACAUUUUCCAGGUUGUGGUACCCUCCAAUCUUAUUAAAAGCUAUAGGAGAAUGUAAAUAAAGAUUUUUUUUAAUAAAUUAAAAUACCACCACAGUACAUAUGCUAGAAUUAUUAUUUUGUUUAGAGAACCUAUGGAAGAAUUUCAGGGGUUUGAAGAGCAACCUGUCUUGUAUCUGGCAAUGCUUAUGUGCAAUAAAUGUGUUGGAAAAAUACAAA